AAAUUUAACCAAGUGGCCAUUCAUGUUCAAGUUUCUGCUAUAAAUAGCAUAGCAAUAUGUAACAACUCACCCAUUCCACAAACAGCUAAAUAUUCAGAGAGGAAAAGGAAUUAUGAAAGUCAUUUGUAUUGUGCUUGCGCUCUUCUCUCUUCACUUGCUUGCUUUCAAGUUGGAUGCAAGAGGAGAAUUAAGAGAAAUUGUACCAAACGGUGAAGAAGGAAUCACACUUGAAAAGCCAAAAUCCAGCCCCCAGUGGUGGUAUCACUACAAGAAAAAUAGAGAUGAGGAUCUUGUAAGGUCGCCCAGCAAGCAAACGGAUGAUUGUCCUUUUAUUACCUUCUUUACAAGGAAUGAUGUAAAGGUAGGUCAUAAAUUGCCACUCCAUCUCCCACCUUUUGAUCAUUCAAAAAAAGACCCACUUUUGCUGCCGAGAAAACAAGCUGAAUCCUAUCCAUUCUCAUACAAACAAUUGGAACAUAUUCUUCGUCUCUUUUCGGUUACACCCGACUCUCCUCAAGCCAAAGAUAUAGGGUUUAUAUUAGAAAAUUGCGAGGCUGAACCAAUUACAGGAGAAACCAAGACUUGUGCUACUUCUUUUGAGGCAAUGAUGGAUUUUGUCUCGAGAACCUUCGGUUUAGACUCUAAAAAUGUCAAAGCUGUAACAUCUUCGCAUUUGACAAGGUCGAAGAACAGAGUUCAAAAUUAUACAAUAACUGAAGAGCCUAAAGAGAUAUCAACUUCAAAGCUAGCAGUGUGUCAUACAAUGCCUUAUCCUUAUACAGUCUUUUAUUGCCAUAGUCAAGAGAACACAAAGGGUUUCAGGGUUUCGCUUGUCGGGGAGAAUGGAGACGCCAUCGAAACUAUUGCAGUAUGCCACUUUGAUACUUCUGAAUGGAGUCCUGAAAUCCCCGCAUUUCGUGAGGUUCGCGGUAAGCCUGGAUCAACAACCGUUUGUCAUUUCGUUUCGUCGGAACACCUCUUGUGGCUUCCAUCAGAUGCCUAAGGCUUGAUGAACAAAUCAUUUUCAUCUACUCUUGCUUGCUUGUUUCUCUGUUCUUAUGUUGUUUUGCUGGAGCUGUAGGAAUUGCCUUUUCUUUUUAUGUUGUGUGGGUUAUAUUCCAAGUUUUAAUAAACGCUACUGCUCUAGCUAUGUGCUUGUAACUUGUAACUCAUGAACUUUAAUUAAAUCUAUGUCAAUUAUCUAAA